UGGAGGACGCGGAGACGCGCCGUUGCCAUGGCAGCCGGGUCCUGGCCGCCUCGGUAGCAGGUGCUGGGGUCUCCCUCGCCUCCCGGUCAGAGCUUAGAAAGAGGCGGAGAGGAGAGCCCCCCGGCCAUCUGCGUGACCUCAGCCGCUGCAUCGCAAGGCAGGCGGGGCUCUAGAGGGGCCGAGGGAAGGAAGGAUGCAUUAUUCUCUAACACAUGGAAAAUGGACAAAAAUAAAGAUACCGAUUCCAAAGAAACUGGAGAAUAUGAAGAUGACUUUGAAAAGGACCUGGAAUGGUUAAUUAAUGAAAAAGAAGAAAAAAGUGAUGUCAGCAUAAUGGAGAUGGCUUGUAGGAAUGCAGAGGACAUUAGCCAAGAAUUCAAAGAGAAUGAAACAGAAGAACACACCCAACGGCUUUCUGAUCCUGACACAUCUUUGAGUGAUGAGGUGUCCCCAACAAGAGGUGACUUCAUUUCUGUACCGAACAGUCAGCUAUUGGAUCCCAUCUCAGAUUCAGACAGUGACAGCUCUUUCCAGGAUUCCAAACUGGAAAGCCAACAAGACCUGGUGGAGGAUGAGGAUGAGGAAGUAAAGAGAUAUAUCAUGGAGAAAAUUAUAGAAGCCAACCAGAUUCUCCAGAACCAGGGACCGGUGAAUGAUAAAAGGGAGCGGAAACUUAAGUUCAAGGACAAAUUAGUGGACCUUGAAGUUCCUCCACUGAAGGACACUGACGACGACCAGAAUUAUUUCGGAAAUGAAAGUACCGUGUCUGGAAAACUGUCGCAGUUGUGUAUUUCCAGCGAAUUUGGGCAAGAAGAUGUGCUCCUGGCACUCACGGAGGGCAGCCAUGAAGAGAGCAAGGACAGAAAGAUCCUCGUGGAGAGAGACGGGAAGUUUGAGCUUCUGAAUCUGCAAGACAUUGAGAGUCAGGGGUUUUUGCCCCCCAUUAACAAUGUCAGCAGUACAGAAAACGAACCCCAGCAAUCGUCACCGGGGUCUUCCAACUCCUCCGUCAGUGGUGUCAAGAAAGAAGAACCUGUAGCAAACAUUCAGAGCUCAUCAACAGAGGAGCCCCUGGCUUUUACCCCUCAGCCCCCACCCAACCCCAAAGUUCGUCCAAGCUCUGCAGCCAACCCAGUGCCCAGUAAGGGGAGCGGGAGGCCCAAUCACAGGACACAGUCUGCGAACGUAUGUCCAGUGACCUCAACAUAUUGUCUUUCCCCCAGACAGAAGGAACUGCAAAAACGGCUAGAGCAGAGGAGAGAGAAGCUGAAGAGAGAGGAAGAACAACGGAAGAUAGAAGAAGAGAAAGACAAGAAAAAGGAGAAUGACAAAGUGUACAAAGCAUGGCUGCAAAAGAAAAAAGAGCAGUUCGUAGAAAUGAGAAGGGUUCAGCGUGCAAAGCAAAUCGAAGACAUGAGCACUAGACAGGGAAACAGAGACCCCCAGCAAGCGUUCCGACUGUGGCUGAAAAAGAAGCAUGAGGAGCAGCUGAAAGAAAGAAGGACCGAAGAGCUACGGAAGCAGGAGGAAUGCCUGUUCUUCCUUCAGGAGACAGAAGGCCGCGAAAAGGCUUUCAAACAGUGGCUAAGAAGGAAGCGGGUAGAAAAACUCGUGGAGCAACAAGCUGUCAAGGAAAGAACUAGACAGUUCCGACUCGAAGCAAAGCGUUCUAAACAGUUGCAGAAUCAACUAUAUACUAUGUCUGAAGCCAAAUCUUUUCGUUUUACUGAUCAUUACAACUAAAGGUAUCCACUGAACACUGAUCAUUACGACUACAGGUAUCCA